AUGAAAGCGCGAGGCAUACCAGAAAGUCUGAUCCGGUGGGUCGAGGCCUUCUGCUCGGAACGAACAGCGACCAUCCAAAUCAAUGGGCAAGGGUCUGAGGUACAAAGCCUCCCACAGGCCGGACUACCGCAGGGCUCUCCCCUAUCGCCGAUCCUGUUCCUUUUCUUCAACGCAGACCUUGUGCAGCGACAGAUCGACAGCCGCGGCGGAGCGAUCGCUUUCGUGGACGACUUCACCGCGUGGGUGACCGGGCCAACUGCGCGGAGCAACCGGGAAGGUAUCAAGCAAAUUAUUAACGAAGCGCUCGACUGGGAGAGGAGGAGUGGAGCGACGUUUAAAGCAGACAAAACUGCCAUUAUACACUUCACCCCUAAAGCACACAAAUCAGAACAGGAGCCUUUCACUAUCAAGGGACAAACUGUUGAGCCUAAAGACCAUGUCAAGAUCCUUGGAGUGGUGAUGGACACUAGACUCAAAUACAAGGCACACAUAGCCAGGGCAGCGUCCAAGGGCCUAGAAGCAGCGAUGGAGCUCAAACUACUCAAAGGCUUAUCUCCCUCAACAGCGCGGCAGUUGUUCACGUCAACUUUUGCCCCAGUGGUGGACUAUGCCUCUAAUGUCUGGAUGCACGCUUUUAAGGAUAAGGCCAGCGGGCCCAUUAACCGGGUUCAACGGGUUGGAGCUCAAGCAAUAGUGGGAACAUUCCUCACCAUUGCAACCAGUGUGGCGGAAGCAGAGGCUCACAUUGCCUCGGCGCAAAGCUGGUUCUGGAGACGGGCAGUAAAGAUGUGGACGGACAUCCACACCCUACCAGAAACCAACCCACUCCGCAGAAACACGGAUCGUAUCAGGAAAUUCCGAAGAUUUCACCGCUCCCCGUUAUAUCAGGUGGCAGAUGUGCUAAAAAACAUCAAGAUGGAAACACUGGAAACCAUCAAUCCAUUUACAUUAGCACCAUGGGAGGAACGACUGCAGACCAAUAUUAGAGGAACCUCAGAGUCACCAGCAGAAGCCGGCGGAUCUAUGCAGAUCGCAGUUAGCAGCUCAGCACGGAAUAAGGUAGUGGGAUUUGGCGGAGUUAUUUAG